AUGUCACAAUUUACCGAUAUCGAGAAACAAGCUGGAGACGACAAUCUCAACUCUUCCAGGUCACAACCAACGGUGUACCAUGAUGACACUCCUAUUCAGACCGUGGAACACACUGACGAUGGGAGGUAUGUGAUAAUAGGCGGUCGUAAGUACUUGAAGAGCGACUUGCAAAGCGCAUUUGGAGGUACUUUGCAACCAGGAUACGCUCCUCCGAGCGAGCACAAGUUUGCCAACCCUGCACCGUUGGGAUUGUCUGCGUUUGCGCUGACGACAUUUGUGCUGUCAUUGAUCAACGCAGGGGCAAUGGGUGUUAAGACCCCGAACGUUGUCAUUGGCGUGGCUAUUUUCUACGGCGGACUUAUCCAGCUUCUAGCCGGGAUGUGGGAGAUGAGCGUGCAGAACACGUUUGGUGCGAUGGCAUUGUCCUCGUACGGCGGGUUCUGGAUGAGUUUUGGAGCCGUUUUCAUCCCAUGGUUCAAUAUCGCAACUGCAUACGAGUCUGAGACCGAGUUGGACAACGCGCUCGGGUUUUACCUGUUAGGGUGGGCGUUGUUUACGUUCAUGCUUGUGAUCUGCACCAUGAAGUCUACGGUUGCAUUUUUUUCACUGUUUGCAUUUCUGGACAUGACGUUCCUGCUACUGGCUGUGGGGAAGCUUGCUCCGUCUACAGGCUGUACCAAAGCAGGAGGGGUUUUCGGAGUGAUUACUGCGUUCAUUGCGUGGUACAAUGCCGCGGCCGGUGUGCUUGACGAGAGCAACUCGUACAUCACCAUCAAGGCGGUUCCGCUACCAAAGUUCGGUAAAAAGGCCAACUGA